CUAUGGCCUUCAGAUCACCGCGACCCCAUCUACUUUAGUGACAGGAGUCUCCAGGUCUCUCCAAAUCGAGUGUCUCUCCUCUAGAGUCAGUAACUCCAUGAUGGAGAGUCUCAUUUCCCUGAUUAUCGUCAGACAAGGCUCUGACCACACUAAAGAACUUGCCUCCAUCAACGCUUUUAGCCCAGAUAGUCAAGUUGUGGAUUCCUCUAAUGAAAGUGUCGCAGCUUUCGGGAAAAUCGACAACUUUGGGGAAUCUUUCAUCCGGCUUGUGUGGGAAUUCCCGGAAGACUACCUAGGCGGUGUGUAUAUUUGUGAGGCGCACGGUGUCGGUCAUACAGGGCAUCCAGUUUAUCUUAACUCGUCUACCUCAGUCAUUUUGUCGUAUACAGAGAUGAAACUUUUCGCUAGACAUCUACGAAACUUAACACUUGAGGCAGAGGUCUUUAAAACUGCGCUGGUUAACUAUGAGAAAAAGGAAGAAGAAUUUCGAAUUACCUUGAAGUCGAGGUUGGAGAUUAUAAAAAAAUCGCUGUUCACGAUUUCAACUCCAUUUGAAGGCCGUCGAUAUUACUUAUCCUACAAUCUUAAAAUACUUCAAGUAGAAAGCGCUGAAGCGAUGUGCGCGCUGUUUGGGGGAUAUUUAGUGGAGAUUGAUACUGCCGACGAACAUGUAUUCAUUACACAGUUUUUGACUGCUAAUGCUACCUUUGACCGUGUGUUAACGGGCAUCAUGAGUGAAGGAACAUCCCAUGUUUGGAUGAACAGACACAGCAACACGACGGCCCAGCAUCUACAUUGGUUUAACGGUUACCCCAAGUUGGGCGAUAAAGCGAAUUGUGUCUACUUGUGGCAUUCUGACUGGGAAAUGUAUAACGCGAUGUGCGACAUGGCAAUGAAUGAUUUCCUCGGCGCGUAUUUGUGUGAGGUGCUUGAUGAUCAAGUUUGAAACAUACUUUGAUGAUCAAGUUUGAAGUAUAAUUUAAUUAUCAAGUUUAAAACAUACUUUGAUGAUCAAGACUGAAACAUAAUAUGCUAAUCGAGCUUGAAACAUACUUUGAUAUUGUUAUUUGAACUAAAAUUUCCAAAAAAAGUUUUUUUAAUAAAAUUAAUAUCGCAUUA